GUAUCUGUAAAUGUAUUCUCUUUAUGCUUGUCUUCAACACCUUCUUUGAACAACUAUCGCUACAUGAUUCGUUCGAAUCUUGAGCAUACAUACAACAACAUUCAAGCCAUGAUAUGAUUUAUUAACCUUUACUUUACCCAAAGUAGUGUACCCAACCUAACGCGACUUUAUACCGCCAUGGCUGGUAACAAUCUCCUCUCCCUAAUGGGAUGGAUGUUUCUCCCCAAUCUCGUCACCGGCUGGGUACAAUCCAUAUACUACGGCCUGACCAUCCGCGCCGGCGACCGCAAGCCGGCCCCCAACUCGCCCCGAUACAUCGAGCACCGCCGUCGCAUCCACAUCCUCGUCGUGUCCCUGUACCUGCUGUACACCAUCUACGAAGCCGACUACGAGCUCCGCCGCGCGGGCACCUUCUACACCGACCUGGGCGUGCCCCUCUCCGCCUCCGAGCGCGACAUCAAGAGCCGCUUCCGCCGCCUCGCCGCCCUGCACCACCCGGACAAAGUCAUGAGCAGCAGCAGCAGCAGUAGCGCCGCCGCCAAUAGCGCCGACUUCUUCAUGCACCUCAAGACCGCCUCCGACACCCUCGUCGACCCGGCCCGCCGCUUCGCCUACGAGCGCUUCGGCCCCGACAUCCUCGCCUGGAAGCACUGCGUCACGGUGCGCGACUUCGUCGUCCGCGGCGCCCAGGUCCUCGUCCCGUACUACGCCUUCGCCGCCCUCGCCAUGUACGUCCUCGGCCUGCUCGGCUACCUCGAGUGGGGCCGCUACUGGCGCUGGCUCACCCUCGUCGCCCUGUGCGUCUUCGAGCUGCACGCCAUCACCCGCCCUACCUUCCCGCGCCUCCUCACCGCCCUCGUCAACCCGCUCCUCGCCCGCUUCUCCCGCCACCCGCCCUACCUGCCCUUCCAGGCCGUCGCCCUCGCCCGCAAGCUCAGCAUCACGCUGUACAUCGCCUUCUCGCAGCUCGGGCCCCUGCUGCACCCGCCGAACCAGAGCGGCGCGGGUGCGGGCGGGGUAAAGUACCCCGCCGAGGCUUCGGAGAAGGCCCUGCUGCAGAGCCUCGAGCGCCUCGAGCACACGGCCCGGAGCAUGGACGUCGACGCCGCGCGCCUCAUGGAGCUCGAGAUGGCGCCCUUCGUCGGCGACGCCCAGGUCAUCGGCAGCAUGCGCACGAAGCUGAAGGAGUGGCUGGUCCAGAACACCAUCCGCGCCGAUCCCAUGGUCAAGGACGCCCUGGGCAGGUCGUUCCAGAAGAGGAGGGUGGAUGCGCCCGCGGGGGCUAAGGGGAAUAGGUGAAUGGGUAGGUUAUCUACCUAGGUACCUAGGUAGGUAGGUAGCCUAUGUUAGGACUUUGUUUCGGUAGCAAUUUUUCAAUAUUACAUUUUGUUUGAUCAAAUUAGAUUUUUAGUUCUGAUGGCUUUUUUAUUGAUAUCGCGGUCACUACC